AUGGCCGACGGCAACCACGAGCCAUCGCACAGCUCUGAGGCUCUCCUCUCAGACCUCAACGAAACCGCCGACCACGUGGCCUCCACGCCACAAACAUGUGGUCCUAGCCCGGCCGUUAAAGCGGCCAGCCUGCGACUGACCAGGGCCCGCCUCCGACUGGCUCGCAAAGGCUCCUACCCUAAGGAGAAACCGGAGGAGACACCUACGUCCAGGCCACAGACUCGACCACAUCCACGGCGCCAGCAACCGCCCAAGAAGCCGGCUGCGACACAAAGGAACCGAGGAGGCCGAGCGGCGGCCAUUACCAAGCCGGCCGCCAUUUCUACGGCCACGCAAACGGACGAGUUUCUCUCGCAGCCACCGCCCAGAAACGAGGAAUCCAGUGAGGCCAGUUCCUCCUCCCCCACGACGUCUUCGUCCUCCUCCUCCUCCUGGGAGCACGAGACACCCGCCACAUCACCGAGCUCCGAAAGCGGAAGUGUCGUGAGCUUGGAACAGCCAGAGCAGGGAACGUCGUCUGCUGCAGCCGCCGGCACCAACCCAGCCUGCGAUCCAUCUGUGCAGCCGCAAACUGGUUUCUUCUCCCAACCAGUCCUCCCCAGUCCUGACGUCACUGGAGAGAGUGGCGCAUAUGCCGCAACCCCUUCCCGAGGCGAGCCUGGGUCAACUCCUUGUCUCCCCCCGUCCUCCCCUCAGGCCAACCACCCCCUCUCUCUCCCGGCGGGUCCCCCAAAGGAACUGAGCCGGACAUAA